CAGCCAUCGACACUGUCACACAGUAUUGUCCCUUGUCAACUCACUCACUCCCCGCCUGGCAGUAGACGGGCAGUAGAGCCAGUGGGACCAGUAGUGACAUCAGAACAGCAGCAACAAUCACGAUCAGAAUGGGGUCCAAGCCCAAGCAGUUCACCAGGCCGGCGCCCAAAAAGAAGCCGGCAAAGGCGGCAGCACUGGUCACGGCAGAUGACUAUCAAGAAGCUGCCGAUUUCGAAGAAGCCGCAGGUGGGAAGCACCGAGCCGGCGAUGCUGUCAAGUCUGCCCGAGCGUUUGUGAGAGCACUGGAAUUGUACGAGACGGGCGUGGCAAAGCAUCCCAGGGACUUUGACCUCGCCUAUAACAAAGCUCGUCUCGAACUCGAGAUAUCGCAGCAGCCAGCCAUUCUGGAGCACGUGGGUCUGGACUUGCCCGAAUGGCUGGAACGGACACGCGCCUCUCAUCAACAUGCAUUACAACUGAAUGAGGAGAAUCCCGAUGUGCUCUUCAAUACUGCACAGGUGCUCACAUCACUUGCCGAACAGCUGUGCGAGGAUGAUCGCGAAGACGAGGCCGUGCCGUUGCUCCAAAACGCGCUCGAGCACCUGUCGUCCUGUCUCUCUCGGCAGGAGAUGAUGUACGAGCAGCACAAGUUGGACUUUCCAGACACCGAAGAUGGUGGCGUUGCUCUUGAACAGCCCGACUCGACGCAAGAGCAAGCCGUUCCCAGUCCGGCUGUGAACAUGUCAGAACAACAAUCUGCCGUCGUCGAGACACCUGUAUCUCCCAGUGACUUACUGGACACGGUGUACGCCUCUCUGUCGGCGCUGACCACUCUCGCGCCCCUAUCAGACGAGAAAGCUCUGCAGACGCUGGGUGACUUUGCACGACAAUUGACCGAAUCCAAAGCACCCAACUACAUUAGCCUAUUGCCCGUAGACGAGCAGGACCAAGCGCGCAUCUCCACCGCCAUCAGCCGUGCUUCUUUCAUCGCCGCAUACGCCAGCGCGCAAUUCGAACACCAAAUGAUCGAACUCGAAACCUACAUCGAGCGCCUCAGCGCCUUUGACAUUCCCGGCAAAGACUCCAACGUCGAAGCUCUCGUCGCAGAAGCAGAAGCGCGUACAGAACUCGUCAUGUCCACCAUGGACCGUUUCGGCGAAUCUCCCGAUUUACCAGCAACCUUGUGUUGGAAAGAAGCCACCAUCUCUCAAGACCUCUACACCAAAGCCACCAAACUCCCAACCUCAUCAACAACAACAAAAUCAGAAAGCAAAGCCCCAGAAACCAACAAAGCCCACCUCUACAAAUCCAAAGGUGACCUCGAAAUUCUCCGCCAUCGUCUCACUCAAAUCCCCCACACGGAUUUAAGUCCGAGUACCCGCAACAGUGCAGAAACAUUAAUCCACAAUGCCCAAACAUACUACAAAGGUGCCAUGAAUCUUUCUCACGCAGCAGCAGCAGCGAGCGGUGGUGGUGGUGGUAGUGAGGAGGAAGAUUGGGAGGCUGUGGAAGAAGAGGCAAAGCAGAGAUGGGGAAUUGCGAAGAAGAUUGCUGGGCUUUUGUAUCGAGGAGGUGAUGAUGGUAGUAAUCAUGAUGGUGAUGAAGAAGACGAAGAAGAAGACUUCAUGGAAGCAUUAGAGAGCUGUGUGGAAGAGGGUCUGAUUGGACAAGAGUUGGCCGAGGCGAUAUUUGCUCGACAGGCGGGUUCUGCUGGUAGUAGUAAGUAGUACAUUGGUAGCUAAGAUUGUAUUGUGAGAAUGAAAAGGGAUAUAUCAC